UUGAUUAUCCGUUAUCUCUGGCAAGGUGAUCUACGGGUGUAGGUUACACAGUACACUAGGCCUAUUAAUAUACAGAUACUUUCUCGUAGCCUUAUGGUGCAAGAAAGAGCUUAUUAGGUUAUUUGGGUCAGUGUUCUAGGAAUACACACAUACGUGCAUCACUGUAAGCCCCAAUUACACGCUGUAGGCUACUGCUAACGUAGCGCUGACGUCGACACGGUCAUCUGUAACCGAGACGUAGGCGAAAGUUUCCGUUACAAUACCGUAACUAGGCUACUCCUACCUGGUUAUUGAAGUCACACGAUUGUCACGGCGUCUACUGAACUACACUGUCCAGAGGCUAGGAGGGCAGACAACUCCAGGCGAAAAGUCUUGUAGAUCAAGUGAAAAUGAAAAUUGACAGUUUUGGACGAAUGGAAAUGGUGUCUGAUCGAAUCAAAAGAUGACUCGGAAUGGGGAAACCCCACUUACCAUGGUGAAAAUAUGUGUGAUUGGAGCAGGGAUUGUUGGGUUGAGUUCUGCAACAAUCACGCAGGACCGUUUCCCGGAAGCCACAGUGAAAAUUAUUGCCGAUCGCUUCGGUAACGACACCACAAGCUGGGGUGCUGGUGGACUCUUCAGACCAUCUUUGAAACACAUAACAGGGACAAGUCCACAGACUGUCAGAAAAUGGUGCCAUGCCUCAUGGGAUAGAUAUAUUGGACUUGCUCAGUCAAGUCUGGCAAAGGAAACUGGUAUCUCUCUAGUGACUGGGUUUGUGGCAUCGAGAGAAAACGAGGAUUUCAUGUUCAAAGAGAUAACGAUUAACGCUCAUGACCUGUCAAAGACAGAGUUGAAACGAUUACAGCUUCCAUACAAUUUUGGAGUCUCAUGUACAACUGUGAUCACAGAAGUGACCAAAUACAUGCCAUGGUUAAUGAAGCGGUUUCAAGAGAGGGGAGGAACCCUGGAACAAAGAACGAUAAAGAAUCUAAAUGAGCUAGCAGGUGAAUUUGACAUCGUCAUCAACUGCUGUGGAUUUGCUGCCCUGGAUCUAGUUGGCGAUAAAAAAGUGUAUCCAAUCAGAGGACAGCUCGUUAAGGUGAAAGCACCAUGGAUCAAACACUGGUACCUGACAUCAGAUAAUACGUACCUGAUUCCACAUUGUGAUUGUGUAAUAAUUGGUGGGUGUCGGCAGAAGAAUAACUUCAGCACGUCUGUGGACCCAGAAAUGAGUGCCGACAUUAUGAUGAGGGCUAAAAAACUCUUCCCGCAGCUUGAGGGAGCAGAGGUGAUUGGUGAAUGGGCCGGUUUAAGACCCUGUAGGUCACCGCCAAGAAUUGAAAAAGAGUUCUUGUUUUCUCAAGGAAGAAAACUCAGAAUUGUCCACAACUAUGGCCAUGGAGCCAAUGGCAUCACGCUGAGUUGGGGCACGUCCCUGGACGCCGUCGAUCUCGUCGAAGAGUGCAUGAAUGAUCUACGAACCUCCAAGCUGUAAUCCUGGACGCAGCCAGGCGUGAUGUGGGACCCUGUCUUGUCACCCGCCCUAGAAAAAUCAGUCAGGAAUUAAUCCUGAAAAGAGACCUAGUAUGGGACCAUGUAGUUAGUCAGUCGUAAUCAAAAUCUAGUAACCAGUUCUCCGUGACUUGUUUCCCGGUGUCAGAGUAUGAUACGAGUGAUAGAGUGAUAGAUAGUGCGUAGUAUAUUAAAAAAAAAAAAAAAUCCAUGAAUGGCUUUGAUCCAGUGUAGCGGUAUUCACUACCAUUAAUUAAGGCAAACAGGGUACAGCAAAGAUGAAGAAAACACUUUGUUUAAAAUCAGUUUUGUACAUAGGUUUAAAAUUAGAAUAAUUUUGAUGAGCAACUUAAAACUGGUACAAAUACUCUUUUUUUUUACAAAUCAGGUCUGAAGUUUAAUUAGCAUACUAAGGUAAUAAACAAUUUUAAAAGCAGGAAACAAAAUGCUUAUUUAAAUCUGUUCUGUACAAAUAGUUUAACAAGGCUCAUAGUUAACAGCACACUGCUCUAGUUAAUAACUCCAAUGCUUUGAAAAUUAAGUCUCAUGGCCAAAGAAACAUAAGUCGGAUAAUAUGUUUUAAAACAGUAACUGCAUAGUUGUUUUAUUUAUUCUGCAAUCCACAGACAGUGGUCGAAAAAGCUUAUUUUAGCAGUGUGUAUCAUCAGUAAAGCAAGCAUUUUGGAGUAUGAUGUUAUACAUAGUCAAUGUCAAGAUGUUUUAGCUAUAUCAGAAAAGCAAUUUUAAAAUCUUAAAUCAUAAAUAAAUAGGUAUGUUUUGUUAUCAUUAUCACAACACAAACUUUAUUUGUAUUUAUCCUGCAACCACUGUUUCUAUUGACAGAUUAUCAUGACCGAUUCAAGCAAAGUCCUAAACGUAUACUAGCAGAUUAUGACUUUUGACGUCACUCGUAUGACGUCACACGCAUAGCUACAUUACAAUGUGGCUGAAAUAACAGAAAUAAUAGCUUUUUCUCUUAAUUUUUAUGGUCUGCAGGAAAGAGAUAAUAACUAGCUCAUGAUGUCGGAUAUCUGCUUUAUACUGUUCAGGCUGAAUGAGAAAUUCCGCUUGGUAGAGCCUCGCGGAUUUUCCCAUUCUUACGGUCUCAGGAUAAAGCAGAUAUUCGACGUCAUUAACUAGUUAUUCUCUAUGUAUACUAUAUUGACACCAGUGGCAGAUCCAGAAAAUCCAUAUGGGGGGCCUCAAUUACAUGUGACUGAAGGCCACAAAUGGAUUCCAUGGAUUCUCCAACGUAAAAAAUUAAAAUGUAACUGUCGCAAAAUUUAGGGAUGCCCCUCUUAGGUCUAUCUGCCACUGGACAUUUAACAUUUAAAACACACUUAGGUUGUUUUUCCCCAUUGACAAAAGUGUGCAAUAAGUCUGUGUUAACUGUACACUUUUAAAUCCCACUUUUCACUGAGACAAACUGCCUUAUCUCAUCAUGCAACAUCACUUAGAGGUAUGGUACAAGUCAGUUACCACCACAUGAGUGAUAUUCAUGGAUAAAGGAUAUUUUCGAUGUUUUAUUUGACUGCAGGACUAUCGGCAGUCAUUCAAAACAUUGACUAUGCAUACCAUUCGUAAGUUAAUGCAGUAACUUUAACAAAGCGUGUGUAAUUGAAAAUCUACUCUUUAGUAAAGUAAUCGAGUGAGGCAUACGUCUCUAUUAAAAACAUAAAUUAAUUUACUGCAAGCAAAAGUAAUAGUUUAUGGACAUAUAUUUGUGAAUGUUAGUACAUUCCUAGUCUCUAUAGCAAUAAAGUGGGAUAAGAAUUAUAAAAAAUAUUUUAUAUAUGUGUAUAAUGUAUGUUUAAAAUAUAGAAUAUUGUAUUUUGUUGCACUUAUUAUUCAGUUCAAAACCAUAUAUUGUUGUUCAUAUAUUAUUAUAUUGUUCUAAAUGUGGAAAUUGUAAAUUAUUAACAUUCAAUAUUUACAAAGCUAUAUACAGGCCCUCUGUGAGGACAAAUAAAAUCUUUUUAUAGUU